AUGUUGUUUAGUCGAGGCGAUGCUGGCAAGAAGGAGAAGGAGAAGCCGACAAUAGGUUUUGAGUUAUGAAUAUAUAUGAGGAGAUCCAAGAGAGGCUUCCUCUCGAGGUGAUGCAUCUUUUCGAAUGAAAAACAAACAUUUGUUGAUUUACUAUAAAUUUGGAGUUUCAAUGAUUUUCAGAAAGAAUCGAGGCUGGCUUGGAAAAAUCGGACGCUUUUCCUUCAGACGUUACGUUGACUGAGGGACCGACGGAAUUUGCUGCGCCAAGAAAGAUUGCUCGAGAGAAUGGUUCAGUUUCGGAAUAAUAACACUCGAUUUCCGCAUUUUUUCUUCAGCAUCUCAGAUCCACGAGAUAUUUGGGGCUUAUCAGGCUGCUGAGACUGAUCUCCCCAAGCAUCCGGCGGAAUACCUGAAAUAUUGGCCGGGAUACCAAGGGUCCGCUUCUUUUUCGCUUUCACAUUUUUUCAACGAUUCUAUUCAGAUACAUAGGAGAUUUUGAAGCUCGUAGUGCUAUUAGACACGAUGGCCAGUAUUUAAUUCGACUUGAGGACGGUUUCUUUUUCCAAGAACACGGUUUUUGAAAUUUCUUCGAAGUUCAGUUAAAGACAAGACAAAUAUCUUGAUUUGCUCUGGAGAGCCCCUGAGGCAUGAUAAACAGUGGAGAAGGCCAGGAAUGCCAGAUGAGGGUCAGUUGAAAGUUUAUCAAGAUUUCAUUGGUCAAAAAAUUACUUCUCCAAGUUUAAAAUUUCAAACUUUUAGCCAUAAAAGAUUCUAAUCCUGUGAUCCGCGUAAGGACCCACGUCGUUGAGAAAGACAAACGCGGUUUUUUCUCCAUUGAAGACGACUACUGCUUCGAAUCCGUCGAGGAUCUCCUUAGUUUCUAUGUGUUUCAUGGGGAAAAGGUGAAAAAGAGAAAGUUUAAAGCUCGGAAAAAUGAACCAAUUCCAGUCAAAACUAGCCGCUCAGCUCCGCUACGCCGUCCCUCGCAGGAUCUUUCAGUUCAAACCACAUUAUAUUGAACGCAUAAAGAAGGCAAGAGCUCAAUUUGUUUUAAAUGGGAACAAUUAUACUUUUAUCAUUUUUUCAACUUUUUUUGAAGUAAACUCAAAUUUCCAGCUUGGAGCCGGCGCCUUCGGCGACGUUUCGUUGGCGGCAAUCAGUCGCCCAGGACUCCUGAACAAACGAGCCGUCGUUAAAGCUGUCAGUUUGAAUUCUGAAAAUAGUGAUCUCACUUGAUUUGAAGAAGCGAUUGAAAAAAAUACAUUUCUUUUUUUCAGGUCAAACUUGGACUGACUAACACUGCUGAACUCAGUCAAAAACUCAUCGAAGAGGGGAGGUGUAUGCUUAAUUUGAAUCAUCCGAACGUUAUUCAAAUUUAUGGCUGGUGCCUCGACAGUCAUCCCUUGAUGUUAUUAUUUGAGUACAUGCCCUGUAAGUUUAAAAAAAAGUCUGUCUUUUUUCAGUUAUCUAAACAGUAUGUCCUCUCCUGUCCUCUCUGGGCUCCUCGUUAUUUACUAAAAUAGAACAAUAAAAACAGUAAAAGCUUGGUCUGAACGGGUAGAGUCUGAAGAGCAAAACACGGGCGCAAAAAGAUUCCUUUUUCGCUUUUCUCGAGCCUUUCAAUUUUGUUCGAAGCCUACUAAGUCUGAUCAGAAUUUGAGUGUCAUGUUAUCGCUCAAACUCCACCCCUGCGUAUAGAUCAAACCAAUCAGAAAGAAGGCCAUUCACAGAGCGUUGUAGGGGGCGGAGAUUGCUGAUUGACAUUCAAAAUCUGAACGGGCUUUAAUUUCGCUUUGACUCAAGAAAAUAGAAAAAGUAUCAGUCAAUAAAUGCUGAUCAAAAGACGCGAAGGCGGUAUUACGGAGCUUUCUGUUCACCUUUAAAAACAUGGAGAUAAUUUUUCUGUGAAUAUUUCUAUCACAGGCGGCGCUUUGGACCUUUUUUUGCUGGAGAAUUUCGAAUGUACAAGCGUUCGUCAUCUCGUCCGAUUUGCGUUGGAUGCGGCUCAAGGCCUCGCAUACAUUCAUAGCCAAAACUUAAUUCACCGUGACAUCGCAGCACGAAACUGCUUGUUGACAAAGAAAGGAAAGGUUUCAUUUCGAAUCUCAGAAAAAAAAAAAGAAAAAUCUUAAUUUUCAGGUUAAACUGGCUGACUUCGGCCUCUGUGUCAGAGGCCGUUUUUUCCGCAUGCGGAAGGCUGAAAGACUCCCAACGAGAUAUGUCGCUCCGGAAAGUUUAAUAUACUUCGUGUUCGUCCCCAAGAGCGAUUGUUACACAUACGGAGUUGCUCUCAGAGUUGUUUCCCUAAAAAAGUUUGAUAUUAAGAACCUACUAUUCGAAAUCUUCAGCGGAGGAUCGAUGCCCUAUGAGAAUUUAACAUCGCCGGAAAUCCGCGAACGUGUUGGUUGUUUUUCAUUCGAGUCAUUGAGUUUGGGACUGACAUACGUCAAUUUUUUCCAACCGUUUUCAUCAUGAAUUUUUCACUUGCGAAUAUCUUUUUUUCGUUUGAAGAUUUUACACGGUCUCACGAAUAAGAUGCCGAGCCGAACGCCGGAUUCGUUGUUAAGGUUCACCGAAGACCGUAUUUGGGCCUACGCUCUCGCCGAAAGGCCGAAUGCAUAUGAAGUUGUUUUCAAAUCAGGAUUCUGAGAAACAAUGGAGAAUCUUUUGCAGAUUGUAGAGUUCCUCCAAAAUGUGUUGAAAGGAGUGGUAGUUUUCUUUUUCUUUUCUUAUUUUUCAAUAACUAAUCUUUAGAAAAACGAAGCGAUGGAGACAACGGUUGCCGAAGAGAAAGAAGACUAUACUGUGAGUUGCGAAAUGUUUCUUUCCACUCAAAAAGUUAAACUCUGUAAGCAUGAAAACACAGAAGUACUGUAGUUCUAAGAACAAAUUACUCAAUUCUUUCGAAAAACCUUGAACGAUGAAAAAAAUUCAGCAUAACGAGGAUAACGCGAGAAAGCGUACCAGACGCCGCAAACUCCGCAGAGAGGUGUUUCUUCUUUUUCCAACAGUAUUUCAAAAGUCAACUUUCAGGAGGUAUUGGAAGAUUUUUGCCCCACCCAAGAGGAUUUGGCUGCUUAG